CAUUAUUCAAAGCCAGCAGAAUGGAGGUACGCGUGUUGGGAAAGUUCAUUUCUUUUGGCGAGCAACAUAUCAGACGUGAAGAUCCUUCUGAGACGUGUAAACAAAAUCAGCCACCAAAUUUUCUUCAUAAGCGGGCAACAAAAAAAAACUUGUAUGAUAGUACUUCCAAAUUUGGCUAUAAACUUUAUAGAGGGUUUGAUCGUUCUGCAAAAGAAUCAAACGAUAAUGAAAAUGUUGAAGAACUUUUUGUUGAAAAUAAUCUCGUUAUUUGGAGUAGAGGCAAUGUACUGCAAAAGAGUUUCAAAUUCACGGAACCUGUUAUUCAAGCUUUAUUCGUCUGGUUCAACGCGACUGAUACUUGUGGUGAAUCAAAGUUCGCGAAUAGGCAUGGUAGACAAAGAGCAUUGUUCGUUUUGCUCGAAGAUUACGCAAAAGUGUAUUUAUUAGACGGGCAGAAUUUUCUAAUCAGGAUUCCUUCACCCGUGAGACGCGCGUGGGCUAUGGAUAUAGGCGUCAUUUUACAAUGCGUUGUUGAUGAUAAAUCUUACCCGAGUGUAUCGAAUCUUCCAUCAGGUUCUUUGCCUACACUUUAUAGCCUUUUAGAUCCUUUAGAGGAAAUUAGAUCGUUAACAAUUGCAGAAAAAAUUAUAACUGAUGGAUCGAAGAUAAACAUAAAAGGCCGAACACAACUAUUUACGGAUACCGAUGAAGUAGUGAUCUUUGUUAAUGAUCGUGGAGGAGACGGGAAUCCCAUCUUGGUUACCUUGAAUAGUAUAACCCUACGUCAUUCAGUAUAUAAAUAUGCCAUUAAGAACAAAGAAAAUAACUUAAAGACGCGAUCGGGAGGCCUCAGCUCAUAUCCAACAUUGAUGCGGAGACGAAGUAGUUCAAAUACUCGAGCUGAAGUACUCCAAAAUUUUGAUGGUAGAAUUUCAUGCGGAAUUGAAGAUUCUUUUCAGAGCGCAGAAGGGCGAAGUUCGUUUCAAAGCAUGGAUCGGCUUUUAUAUUCCGAUCAUGAUGAAAUCUUUAAUGACCUGAGAAUCAGACCGGAUGCCAAGAGCGACGUAUUCUUGGAAUUGAUUUGGACGGAAUCCAUAGCCAAAAUUGAAAGGUUCGAGGCGAGUGAUGUGUUCAUUGCACAUGACUAUGAUGGACACGAAAUUUUAUGCAUAUUUUCCAGGAGAUCAAAGGAUUUUAUGGCUUUAGACAUUUGUGCAAGUUCUCAUGAUUUGCAAAUAUCUGCCAAGUUCGAAUUUAAAAUUGGGGCCGCCGCUCCUGUGAUCGCCACGAGGACGCAUCUUUAUGACAUGUUGUUUAUAAGAGAAGGAGAAAAAAAUUCGACAUUGGAGCUUUGGAUUGGUUAUGGAAAACUCAUUCCUCUAAACCUUGAUUAUAAUAUAAUCAAAUCCGGAUUCGAAUCUGAUGGUAGGAGGGAAGAGUUGUCAAGAAAGGACGUUCAUGUUUUGCAAGAAGCUUUUUCCCAGCAACUAUUUCGUAAAUAUUUAGUAUCCACUCAGAACUAUUUUCCACCCCAUUCAAACGCGUUUAUAAUAGGGUUGCGUGAUUAUGUUUGCAAUCGAGUAAAUUUAGUUUUUUCUAAUUGCGUUGUGAGGGUUUCCUUGAGCUUUCUUCCAAAUUCCAAACUUGUCCGCUCUUGUUUAGAAGCUCUGAGUUAUGUUUUACCGACAGGUUUAUUUUUUGAUUUCAAAGCACAAUAUAUGUUAUUUCAGUAUGGUACCAACGAAAAGUUUUCAGACAUACAGAGGGGAACGGAGUGGGAAAAUUUUGUUACCGUCCUAUUUUCAUUUAUCCAUUUAAUGGGACAAGAUUUUUCAGGUUAUGGAUAUCAAGAAUCUUUCAAGAAACUAGAAACAAGCGAUUGGGAUUUUCUAAUGGCAUCUUCCAGACACACAAAGUUCAAUUUCAAUACACACUUUCAAUGUCUGCAGCCACCGAUAAUUACCAAAAAUUGUUCAAUGAUUAAGUUACUUGAAAGAUCCCAAAAACUUCAUUGUGCUUCAUUCACGUACUAUCAAAGAUUAGAAAAAAAGUUUCUUAGUUUCUUACCCAGCAUUCUUUUGUCACUUCAUUUGGUUUAUCAAGAUUUGAGGUUAAACGUUCUGCUACAAAAGUUUAUCAAUGAUCUCAUUCCGUUAUUAAUUCAAUUGGCAUAUUUUCUUGGUUGGGAUGCAUAUAUUGAUUACUAUCAACGAAAUUUUGAGAUGAAUCAAAAAUUUCGAUUUGAACAAGCCGUUAUCACGGAAUCAAGGUUACCCGACGAUCACCCUUUCUUUAUCCCACCCGAUAUUUUUCGGUGGAUCCUGAAAUGUCUCCGGCAUGAAGUCGAAAGAAAUGAUAAUUUCCCCGACAUAAAAGACAUUUCUCAAAUUUUUUCGGUCUCCAAAAUUGAGGAAAAUUUGAUUCACGAUUUCGAUUGCUGCUCAAGAACUCGAAAAGUCAGCUUGAUAUACAAUACGUUAGUUAAUGAGGGAGAAAGAUCGACGAUUCUUGAAAUUGUUAAAAUUGGGUUUUCAAUUAAAGACAUCGAUUCUUUACCAUUUGGUGUGGCAAUUCCUUUACGUGAAGCGAUAAGAACGUGUCGAGAUGAGCCCCCUUCGAAUUGGCCAGGCGAGGCCUAUAUAUUAAUUGGACGGGAAGACUUGGCUGAAUUGUCAUACGGUGUUCCAAUCGGAUAUAUUCACACUCAUGGUAACAAGAUGGAAUCAAAACCACGCAAUAUCCUACAGAUUGUCGAGUCAGCAAUUUCAGCCUCAUCAACACCGACAGCACAAGAUCAUCAACAAGACAGUACCGGAACAGAGAUUUCAAAUCAUGAAAUCUCGGAUCUGAGAUUUGGAAACGAUAAAAGGUUGUUCGAAGUACAACUACUCUUACAAUCCUGUAAUGUGGUGAAGGCGGAUGUACCUUUAUCAGAUUUAAGCAUUCAGAACGAAGAUAAUUCACCUCAGAUGCUUGAAAAAGUUCAAGUACAAUGUUUAAAAAAUUUUUCACAGCCCGUAGGUCGGGGAAUAUUAACUUAUGGUACCGCGACUCCGAUUGUCACUGAACCAUUUCCAAUACCUGGUUUUAGCGCGUCUAUCAAGGUGUCACCUUUUAAUUCUUUGAUAGAAGUUGGACGAGCAAUUCGUCUACCAGAAAGCAUCGAAUGGCCAGAAUUUCAUGAUGGUGUGGCAUCCGGUUUACGAAUUCCUUCAACAACCAUCAUUGAAGGAUCUUGGAUUUCACUUAAUAAACCCAAAGAACUUAACAACAGUCAUGCGGGAUUUCUUCUAGGAUUAGGAUUGAAUGGACAUUUGAAAUCCAUGGCAACGUGGCAAGCCGUUGAUUAUUUAAUGAAAACACCAAAACACGAUAUUACAACCAUUGCUUUGGUACUCGGUUUACCUGCUUCAUAUAUUGGUACGAUGAAUACCGAAAUCACAAAAUUUGUGGCGGUUCAUGUGACGGCUAUGUUUCCUCCAAAGUCAACUAGUUUGAACGUUUCGCCUCUUGUGCAAACCGCUUCAAUACUUGGUUGUGGUUUGCUUUAUAUGGAAACUUGUAAUAGGUACAUGUCACAGAUCAUGCUUGCAGAAAUAUCUACAAGAGCUUUGAAGACGUCCGAUAGUUCUGAAACUGACUUCACUGAAGGAUAUUCACUUGCUGCAGGAUUAGCUCUGGGAUUUGUAAAUCUGGGUCACGGUGACAAUGCAUGCGAAUCCAUAGAUCUGGAUUUAUUUAAAGAACUGCGCUUAUAUAUCGCCGGUGGUGCAAAGAAACCACAGUCUGCUAAUGAAAGUAAUGUCAAUAUCACGUCUCCGGGUGCAACAAUCGCCCUUGGAUUAUUAUACUUAAAGACAGGUAAAGUCAGUGUCGCAAACAAAAUUCCAAUACCUGAGGCCGAAUUUUUUUUGGAUUAUAUGCGACCUGAUUUCCUGUUAGUUAGAACACUUGCAAGGAAUCUGAUAAUGUGGGAUGAUAUUCGAUCGACGCAAACUUGGGUUGAAAGUCACAUACCUCAAUAUAUGAAGGCGAAGUUGGCUCGCAGUCGUGAACUUGAUUGCGAAAAUCUAGAAUCUAUCAGGAGGUCGUAUUAUUACAUUUUGGCCGGUGCAUGUUUUAGCAUGUCAUUGAAAUUUGCUGGAUCCGCGGAUAAAAAUGCGCUCAAAUGUUUAUUACAUUAUUUGGAUUUAUUUAUGGGACUAGAAAGUGAAAGAUCAAUUGCUCCAACUUUCGAUGAGAACAUCACGUUGUCCGCAAUCAAAAUUUGUUUAAACGUUCUAGCAACAUGUACUUCUAUUGUCGCUGCGGGUACUGGGAAUCUCGAAGUCAUGCGGAGAAUACGUAAACUUCAUAAACAAGAGGUUGAUACUGUCAACUCGAGUUCCAUAUCUCGAUCCUAUGGAACCCACAUGAUGACAAGUAUGGCGUUAGGUUUCUUGUUUCUUGGAGGCGGAAACUAUACUCUUUCAACGUCGAACAGAGCAAUCGCUGGUUUGGUUUGUUCUUUAUUCCCAAGAUAUCCAAUUGAAACCUAUGAUAAUCGCGCGCAUCUGCAAGCUUUUAGACAUUUAUGGGUACUGGCCGUUGAACCAAGAUGCUUGGUAUUAAGGGAUAUUGAGACACGCGAAGUCUGUCAUGUUCCGGUGAAGAUUGUGUUUAAUGACAUGUACAACGCUGAGAUUUUGAAUAAUGGUAUUCAGACUGAUACAAAGACGAAGGAAUCGGUUGCACCUUGUUUGUUACCUGAAUCAAAAUUCAUACAGAAGAUUGAAAUAGACAGUCCGAGGUAUUGGCCCAUGAAAUUGGAGUUUGGAAAGAAUGCAGAAUUUGAUCAAAGGUUCUGGAAAAAUUCAACCCUUUAUGUAAAAAGGAAGAUUGGGCAUCUAACUUAUGCCGAGGAUCCACAGGGUCUAAGGAACUUAUUUACUCGAAUUUUUCCCGACGGUAACACUUUACUAGGUGCGACAAAUUCUUCAAAUACCGGUCAAAAAAAGCUCGACUUCAUUGGGAUAUUUUCAUCGGAUCCCCAAGUCCAAGCGUUCUCUCGAUAUCUUUGUGAAGAUUUCAGCAUCAAUGCCGAUGGUGGCGGACAAGAUCUAUUAAAAUUUUGUAAUGUCAUACUUUCCGAAUGUUUGAAUGCGGAUAAAGUUGAAGCGAUCCAAAUAUACUUGGAGCUCUAUCAAAUUCAGAAAAACUUGAUAAAAAUGAACGAGUUGAACCUUUGGAACGUUAUAUUGAUUUUUGAGUACUACAAGAGCAUAGGGAGGCAUCAGGACAGACAUCAAAAGGAUGAAGUUCUUAUAAAACAAGAAUAUAUUUCUUCUUUGAGAGCGAUAAUGAACCGAUUUUUUGAGAUUCCCUUUGAAAUCUUUAAAUUAUCUUCAUUGAACAAUGUCACGGCGGGAGUUAACCAAGAUCAUCUGUAUUUCGCGAAAUUAUUGAAGUCGUACUUUGCCAAUACUGAGUUUCCACCAACAAAGCAACUUGAAAACGAAGAAAAUAGCGAAAAAGUUUUAAAAUAUUUCACAUCGUGGCUCAUCUAUCACGAAAUACCCGAUAGAUACAAUCUGUUGAGUCUAACAGAACACGUCAGGAAGUUGAAAGGAAGGUUGAACGUAGAAGUCGAUAACGAAAUGGCUGAGGAUGCGAUAUUGCAAGUCUUUUCAACUUUAUGGUCGAAUCUAUCCAGUAAUACUUUAAAAAUCAUUCUUUACUGUAUAACAACAUAA